AUGGUCUACGAUACUAUUGAUUCCUAUCGCCUAAACCAGUCAAUCGUCGAAGGCUAUUUGAGAAGGGUAUUCGGCAACUACAAGUUCUAUGUCGAGGUUCUGGAUUGCAAGACCUUUAUCAAGCGUGAGUCUCCCCAGACUGUCAUGAGACUUGAAGCCUUACAGGACGAAAGUCUGAAAAACAGGAAAUUAUUGCGCUGCGAAUUCGAGACGACUGAUGCGCAAUGUGGGCGAGGCGACAAGGCGCAGGAGGCAGGAGGCAGGAAGCAGGAAGCAGGAAACAGGCAGCCGUCAUAUCUGGGUGCCAAUGGCAGUGCAGUCUAA